AUGUACGAUGCUUUCAAUGUUUCAUUAGCGUUAGAUAAAGUACCAUAUAAAAUAGAAUCGAUUUUCGCUCAUGGAACUUCCACGGGUGCCUUGUACGUUUACGAAGUAAAAGAACCUUUUGGGGAUGAGGGUUUGAAAGUAGACUUAAAGGAAACCUUUAAGAAUUUUUCCAAAAAACCCAUCGAACAGUUGGAUAUCAUUAAGGAGCUUGACAUAUUAAUAUCACUUUCUGAUGGAUAUAUAAAUAUCUAUGAUUUAAACACCUUUGAAUUAAAAAGGCAAUUAUCCAAUAUAAGAGGCGCAAAUAUAUUUGCUAUUUCCCAUGUUGAAACUAGCGAGGAUGAAAGUAGCAAUGGGAUUCCAAUAACACGUCUAGCAGUCGGUGUAAAAAAAAAGUUAUUUGUCUUUACCUGGCGGGAUACAGAAUUCACUGAUACAAAGGAACAUUCAAUUCAUGAUAGGAUUAAAACAAUGGUUUGGGUUAGUGACGAUAAAGUUUGUCUUGGGUUGACGAACGAAUAUAAUUUGAUAAAUGUCGAUUCUGGUGAGAAAACCGAAAUAAUGACCUCGAGUAGUGCACCAGGAGCCACCUCAUUUAGUUAUAUGGGAAUGUCAAUUGGUUCUAAGGUCAACAAACCGUUAUUGACGAGGUUACCUAAUAAUGAAAUUCUGUUGGUUAAAGAUAAUGAGAGUAUUAUUGUUGGGCUUGAUGGAAAACCUACUCGAAAGGCAGAAAUUGACUGGUCAGGAACGCCAGAAGAAAUAGGAUAUUCUCAUCCGUAUCUUAUUGCGAUAUUACCGAAGAACGUGGAAGUCAGGAAUAUUGUAACUCAGACUUUGGUCCAAACUGACGAACUCCCUCAAGCACGACUCAUUAACCAAGGCAAAUAUUUAUAUGUUGCCAGUCAUGGUAAUGCUUGGAGAUUCAUUCCGUUAAGCUUCGAAAGACAGAUUGAUCAAUUGGUUGAACAAAAUGAAUUCGAGGAAGCUUUAAGUUUAACUAGACAAACUUUGAUUGAUGACAAGGAUGCAAAACUUCGAGAAAUACUUGGACUUCGCGCGCAUUAUCUUUUCCGUCAGAAUGAAUUUGAUAGAGCAAUUACAAUUUUUCAAGAUUUAAAUGCAGAUCCCGCAGAGGUCGUUGCAUUAUAUCCCCCAUCAAUAUCAGGAGCUCUUCAUAAGCCUAUACAGCGUCCAAAAAUUAUAAAAUCUUCAGAUGAAAUAAAACUUAACGAUAGUGAGCAAGGUCCUUUCGUUGAAAAUAACGACGAUCAAGAAAAAGAGGUUCUAGAAAAUGAAAUAGAAGCUGAAAAUUCGGAAGUUCUUGAGGGAAAACUUUUGGAAGAAGCGGUUCAAACAUUAAUAAAAUAUUUGACAGAUCGUCGUCAAAAAUUAUUUAAAGUUCUUAAUUAUAACCAAGGCUCCCAAUCAUUUCAAACUAAUUUAGUAAAUGGUGAUUUGGAUCACUUUUUGAAACUGGCAGAAUUGGUAGACACAACUCUUUUAAAAUCUUAUAUGGUCAUCAAUGAUGCGUUGGUUGGUCCACUUCUUCGUGUAAAUAAUUAUUGUAAUGUCGAGGAAGUAGAAGGUCUGUUAUUAGAACGUAAGAAAUUCAGAGAAUUAAAAGACUUGUAUCAUGGAAAGGGCUUACAUCGAAAAUCACUGGAACUUUUAAAGAACCUUGGACAAUCUUCAGAAGGUCCUAUGACUGGCACCUUUCAUACUAUAUACUACCUUCAACGACUUGGAUCAGAAAAUUUCGAUUUAUUGAUAGAAUUCGCGACAUGGGUAUUACAAACCAAUCCUGAUGAAGGGAUGGAUAUUUUUAUUGAUGAUCAUCCGGAGGUCGAGAAUCUUCCAAGAGAUAAAGUAUUGAAUUAUCUCGAAGAUAUUUCGUAUGAUUUGUGUAUAAAAUAUUUGGAACAUAUCAUAUAUGAACUUAAAGAUCGAACUCCAGAUUAUCAUAAUAAAUUGGUUUUCAUUUAUCUGGCCAAGAUUCAAAAUUUAGAAUCGCAAAAGCAAAAAUCGAAUUCAGAAGAGAUCAUAGGUUCUUUAGUGAAGGAGAUUGAAGAUACGAAUAAUAGUUUGUUAAAAUUUUUGGAUGAUUCAAAUUUUUAUAAAGCAGAAAAGAUACUAGGACGAUUACCUUUAGAUGAUUUUUAUGAAGCCCGCGCAAUCCUUCUGAGUCGUAUUGGCCAACAUGAUCAAGCUUUAAACAUUUAUGUACACAAGUUAAAGAGUGAGAAAUUGGCAGAGAAAUAUUGUAUCAAGAAUUACAUUGAAACUGACGAUCCUACAAAAAAUGUAUUCAUAUCAUUAUUGAAAAUAUAUCUACGACCAAGUAAUGGUGAAAAAAUAAUGCUAGACCCAGCUAUACGGUUAUUAUCGCGGCACGGUUCAUAUGUUAAUGCUUCCGAUGCUUUGAACAUGCUUCCGCACACAACAAAAAAUUUAUUGUUGGCUGAUAAGCGUCAGGUUGAAGAACAAUUGAUGUUUUAUCGAUCUCGGAGGGUUAAAAUUGAUGAGGAUAAGAUGUGUCCACAAUGUACACGUCGUAUUGGACACAGUGUUUUUGCUGUUUUUCCCAACGGUGUUGUUGUACAUUAUCAUUGUAAAGAGAAGUAUUCACAAUCACAUGAUACGACAAUAUGA